AUCCGUCGAAUACGGACGUCUGUCAGUGUAGUGUAGCGGGUUUUCUCCUUUCGGAUAGCGAGCGGGCGCGUAACGCCUUUGUUCUAUCGGUUGUUGAUUCGCAACAACGCGGUUGUGAGGCGCUGUCGCGUACUUCAAGAAGAAAGUAACAAAGAAACUUGGGUGCUUCCUUCGGCAGAAGAUUUAAGUAAAUGUUAUCGUAGUGAAAGGAAAGUUUUUUUCGCUGACGGAAAAUGUGCGCGUCUAAUGAAAGGCCAAAGUAAGUGUAGAAUGAAUACAUUGUAAGCUAACCACACGCGAGACUAGGCUUUUCCUUUGAUCUCCCUCCGAGUUGAUCUCGGUCUCGGUAUUGUGCCGAAUUCGAAGGAUUAUCACAGCUCUGCGGUGCUGAAAACGAAAGAAUGCGAAAAGUCGUUUCUCAAGUGGCGGCAAAAGUGUGAAGCCUUAGCUUUCUUUAUUUGUGUGUUUGUAUGACACGAAAGGACCCACUUCAUGCCCGAUACACGCUGCCGCUGCUGCUUCUGUUACUGCUGCUAGGAACAGUACGAGACGAUAAUUUAAUCGAGACGAAUUGACGCGGAGAGCGGGUGGAGAUAUAUUGUUGAGAAUAAAACGACAAAUAAAAAACUCGUGAAAUUGGAAGCAGCCUGGAGGAUGCUUAAUUGUGCGCAAGGCUUUUCAGGAACAAUUUGUCUGCUUAAUUCGCUACACGAGGAGCCAUACUCGUAUCGUGGCAUUCGAAGACUGGACCCCUUUUCCGGCUGCGGUCGUUAUCUGCAUAACGGGAAGGACAUUCAUCAUUUCGGGGGAACGCUGUUCCGCCAUACUAGUUGCGAUAACCGGAGAUAAAAGCACGGAGGCAAAAUAUAAACUACAGUUUCCCACUGCUAGCCACCCGAUUCGGCUUGCAUUUCACUAGCACCUGACUGUUGAAACAUAUUGGUCUAUAUUUUACCAACAAAGAGUGAGUAGAAGGUGGAAACUUAAUAAAAUAUUUCGAUUGAUGCGACCGGCAUUGCCACGUGCUUCCUGAGUGUCUAUCUGUUGUGUGGCAGAAGGUGGAAAAGAAGGAUCAUCAUUAUCCCAUCAUCAGUGCGGUGCAAAGUGUGAAUAUUCCAAUUUUAUUGCUGCAGUGUUAUACAGGGGCUAAAAAGUUAGUGAAAAAAAUAUUUGAUUCAUCCGAUGAAAGCUCUGCGGUGGCAGAAAGAAAUUCAAUUUAUUGUCUGUGCUUUUCGAUCCGCUUCUCUUCCUUCGCUGUGUUAAUCGUAUUGCAGCUGUUUAGAAGUAUCUGUGAGGGAAACCUACCGUCGAUUUGGAUAUGGGCUUCGAAAAAUACGCUCUGGAAAGUAAACCACAAUAAAGGAAAGAGCUCUCUGCAGCAGCCGUACUUUCUGGUUUUGGAAGAUAGGUUAGAUCUCCGCUUAGCUUGGCUCUGGCAGCUGGGUGGCGUUGCUCGGAAGGGUUUCAGCAGGUGUGAAUAAAUUGUUGUGCAAACAUGCUGCAAGUAACGGCGGACAGGACGGCCGGAAGGCGUAGCAGUUCCAUCGGUUGCCGUUCGAUUGUUGGCCGGCGAACGUCGAUGUACAUCAACCAGACCCAACAUGACCGGGAUCCGUUUAAGCUCAUUCUCGAAAUAAACAGCGAAGUAGCGCUCUUCAGGGACCUUCUGAUUCACGUUGGACAGGCGCGGGACUGCCCGGAGCUGCGGGAAAAGAUCCGGAAACUGCGAAGGUCCUGUGUGGAGGCUUGCAAGCACACGGCAGCACUGAUAUUACCGCAAAUACGAACAGCCCUUGCUGAAGGCAUCCUGGCGGAUAAUCCCCACCUGGUGCUGCUGUUCUACCUAGCUCAACUAUUUCUAAGGGAACUAAUCAAAAGCCACCGGCUGGUGCAGGUCAUUCCUAUGGAUAUGUCCGGUUACUACGAUAAUCGUGCCGGUCCGUCGAACCUCGGCAACGUGAUAAGUCAAAUACUGUUAUGCAAACAAAUUACACCCGACUUCAACCAGGAGGAACUGUGCAGCAUAACGAAAGAUUCGCAGGAAAUCGCCCGGAUACUGCAGGAUCUGCAGGAAUUUAUGCCGCAACAGGAAACCUACCUGGAGCGCACCAUCGCCCUGACGACCGAAAUCAACGGACCGUGGCCAGCGAAGCGUCGCCGGGGUUCACUCUACAAAAACAUGGGUCUGCUGUGUUGUGUUUCGAGGCCAAACUACCUAUGAAUAUGGAAGUGCAUCGCAGCCUAGAUCCACCGAACACGAACCCUUCCUAACUUCCAUGGCAGCAGCAGCAGACUUUCGGUCACCAACGUUUUCCAGUAUGGAUACCUUGCUAAAAAAAAUCACGACAAACUAUUAAUAUCCACUGACGACAGACAGGCCGUAGAUGAUUGGCUUUGAAACCACCAGAACCCCACUAGCGACAGAUAAGUUUUUACAGGAGGAUGCUAUAUUUUCCCCAGCGCGGGAUAAAAUAUCGAACCGGAUUGGAGUCAAUUGAGCUCGAAAUGGGCACCUGGUUGGUUGGAUUACAGUAAUUAGCAAAUAUGGCAGUGGGAUAUGUGCUAAUUUUAUUUCCCCCAAUGCCGCGAUUAACCGUUUGGAAGAGUUUGAAAUAACCGCAUUUCACGCUACACUGUAAUGCACUGUACCGUGAGAGAAAAAAAAACCCUAAUCCCAACGAAACUUUACAGCAAGAGGAAAUGUGCGAAUAGCUCUAUUGAUUUUAACUUUAGUCGUUAGUAGAACCACCCCCAGAGAUUCCGAGCACAUAGGUGAAGUGAAGAAGAACACUGAAACUGCAUCAGCAAAGGCGUCGUAUAAAAUGGGCCAAAGUUUGGUGCUGUUAUGCUGUUAAAAUCCGGCGUUUUAGCGUCCAUACGAUCCAACACCAUGCAUCGGUCUACACGGCGACCACUUUACACUAAGUCCGCCCACCUUGUGCUGAGCCAUCGAACGUUUAACAGAUAGCAAACCAUACGGGUGGGGUGGAGUUUGCUAGCCAAAACUAAUCGUAACAUCAAUUAAAAGCGGUCGACCGCGAAAAGUACAUAUUGGCUGUGCUAAGAGUAGGGAUUGAAUGCAAGUGUCGUCUCGAGUUCGAGCUCGGGCUCAAAGCACGAGGUGGGUGCUGACAACUUCACCAAAGAUAGAUGUUAUCGUCUAAUUGAAUCAUUCGGCGUGGCUUGUUCGUACUUGUACUUGGCUAGGAGUUAACAGGGAGGUGGGGGAGGUAUCGAGUGACAUACAGUCUGUGGGUAGCAAAUUUAGUUUGGGAUAAAACUUUGUCUCGUAAUGCCACUUGCUUCCAUGUUUUCUUCAAUUCACAUUAAGUGAAUCAAAUCACGAUUGAAUGGACGUUGAGUUGGCUGCCGAUGGUGGCUUGUUAUGCACUUCAAGUUUGGCCGUUAUAGACAGCUCAGUAGUAGCCAUGAAAAAAAAUAUAUGGAUAAUCGAAUUCUGCUUUGGUUUGCAUUUAAUAAUAAAACAUCGCAGACCCAAAGCUGUUCAACAUCCAAUGCAGUCACCGACUCGUCGUUGGAGUCGGCGGCCUUUUUCAUUAUUACAGAUUUUGUUAUCUUUCUGGCUAAAAAAGGCCCAAUUAAUUUUAACGGUAAUCAAACUAUUUUACUCAAACACAGUGUUUUGCACUUCUCUUCCCAUACUUCAAAAAUAAAACGCGAGAAACAAGAAAAACUCAUUUAACAUGAGGUUCAGCACACUACAAAACAUCAUUUAAUAAAGGAUAAUAAUAUUAUGUACAAAAGCAAUAAUAUUAUACGUAUUGAAAGAAACAAAAAAAAAUCAAAGAAAAUAAACUGCAAAUGAGAUGAUAAUGUAAACGAUACGACAGUUCAAUAAAAGAGGAAUUAUAGAUUUUUACAUGUGUUCUAUAAUGCAGAGCGAUUAUCAAAUAUGUAUAAGCUACAAAUCAAAUUCGAUCGACUAAUCCGCAAAGCCACUAUCAUUGAAACACGUAUAAGAUAACAGAGAAAUAAAAAUAAUGCAUCACUCAGUAUGGAGCACAACUCGUCAAAAGCACUCAUCACGUAAGAUCAAAAAGAAAAAAAAAUCAACUAACUAAGCAAAAAAAAGGUAGCGUUUAGCAUUUAGCAUUCGAACUUGUAUCAACAAACAACAUCACCAAAGAACGUCUCGUGCAAUGUACUAAGUAGUAGAGGACGCUUGUUAAAUAGUGUAGUACAUUAAAGUCUUAUUUGUCGCAUGCGAUCCGGUCUAAGUUUGCGUUCGUUGUGUUAGUGAACGGAAAAGAAAGGACAUACUCACACAGACACCCGGCACACAGCGGAGGGUCAUUCAGAGCCAAUUACCUAACUAUAAAAAUAAAAAGGAAAGAAGGAACAAAACCAAUUUACUUUUAGUGAUAACUGUGAUAUAGAUGUCCUAAUUGUCAAUUUAAGCGAGAGAUUUGAAAUAACUAUUAAAGAUGAAGAAAUAUUCUCUCCUUAGGUUUUUCGAUCGUUAGAAGCAUAUGGUAACUAGAACUAGAUGAAAGAAUAUAUGAACCUAUAUUAUAUAGAUGAAUCGUUCAGAAUAUAUUGCAGAAGAGAAAAUGAACCUUACAUAAAAAAAAAACAAACCAUCGUUGAGAGAGCGAUAUUUUAAUGAUUAUCGAAGAUGUCGUAAUAUGUAAAUGAUUAUUUUCAUGUUAGGAAUAAUUCUGAAAAUUUUAUUGCGAUGAAAUGUAGCGUUUAUCGAAACUGAAAAAAAAUCGAUAACAACACCAAACUUGGUUUAGUUUUAUACGAAAGUGUAUUGAGUAAUAGCAAACUGAUAGUCAAACUAUUUUUCUCGUAGCGAAAGAAAAUGGCUCUUAUUUCGAGGACCAAUUGUUUACAAAAUCACAUACUCACACUGAAAGAAAAAAAUACUGAUUUACACUGCUACAACACCGACAACACCUAAUUAAUGAAACAAAAAAAAAAGAAUCUUUAUACUGUGUAACUAAAUGGUAGCAUUUUCUAUUCGAGUUGAUCAUGGAUGUUAGAAUGUUUCAAUUAUUACAUUUUUUAAAAGCAACUACCUUUGUGAAUACUUUUAUAAACCGCACAUUGGAAUUAACGCCGAGCGCAAAUUUAAAUUAUACGCUACACAGUCACACACACAAAGUAUUCCCGUAUAUUCCAAGAGAAGAAAUUUAAACUAAUGUUAAAAGUCAGAACAUUUCAACAAACUGAGAGAAAGCGACGAUGUCAGAGAGCAAAAAACACAUUCACGAAACACAACAAAAAAAUAAAAUCAAAUGCAAGAAAAAUCAACUAUGAUAUUUGAAACAAUUAUAUUACUAAAGAAUGAACCAAUAAAAACUGAAUUGUUAAAAAA